AAAAAUAGAUUCAAAAUAUUGAAAGAUAUUUCUCAAAACGUUCAAAUCAUUGUCGUUUUCUUUUGAAACCAAAUGAGUGAAAAUGUUGGAACUGAUGAAGUUUGUAAUAACAACGAACAUAAAAACAACAGUAAUGUCACCUCGACUGCCGCCACCAGCCAAAACCACAACAACAACAACGAUAGCAAGUCAAUAACAAAAUCUCAAGAAGCCAAAAAUAAAUCUGGCCAACAGGUUACGAAGGAUGAUAAUGAGCAAUCCUCCUCUUCGCCAUCAUCUGCUGUAGAGAAUCACAACAACGAUACAACAACAAUGAGUAAGUCUCAAGGAUAUCAAAUGAUGUCGCCACAAAUGGCCACGGUAAUAUCGUCCAGCAAAGCUGAAACUAAAUCAGGGCUACGAUCACCGAUUUCAUCGCCCUUGGCGGGGAGGAAAAAUCGUGGUCUACCACCGGUAAGUCCGAAGUCUACACCACCCUCCGCACGCAAACACUACCCGCUGGCAUAUAAUGCCUCAACGGGUACCAUCUCAUCGCCCAUAACAAUACCGGCAGUACCGCCACGUAUGAUGGCCGCCAUUGCCUCUAGUCCGGCUUCAAGCCUCUCUUUAUCUUCUUCGACAUCCUCACCAUCAUCGUCGCCACCACCACCUCCCUUGCCUUGUCGGGCACCCAAGGUACCCUCCACAGGCAAUGUACAUCGUUUGCUCAAUGAGAGCCCAAAAAUGGUCGCGAUGACCCAGAUGGCUACAUCACCGAAAAGUUCCUCCUCCGCUGCGUCCAACUCCUCCAAAUUAGAUUUGGAUAAACUGAUAGCCCAGCAAAAGGAACUGGAAGAGAAGACGGCAGCAGUACAGGCCUCAACGAAAUUGGAUGCUUCAUUUUAUGAUGCCGAAAUCGAAAUGAUGAAUAAGUAUUUAAAAAGUCUUCCCGACUACAGUGAAUUGGAUCGUAAGCUGCACAAGGAAUUUCGAGAAUGUGAGGUUCUCUAUGAUAAGCUCAAGAAAAGACAGGCUCCUUUGAGUAAAUCGGAUUCCCAGCAAAGUGUCGGCGAGCAGCUGCAGAAAUCGAUUCUAAAACCAAACGAGAAAAAUCAAUUGACAAAGUCUUCCUCAACGAACUUUCAAAUAUUGGCAGCGACACCAUCAUCGAUGUCCUCCAAUCCAAAUUUGGCUGGGCAGCAGGUACAACAACAACAGCAGAGAAUACAAUAUCCUUCAAUAUUUCAGCAAAAGCCAAAACUGCAAAGAAGCAUUUCCAGCUCCAAUAUGCCUUACUCUGGUUCUACUUCUGCUAACUCCCCUGGUAUGUCUAGGCCCAACUUCUUUGAUCAACCCACCCUAAUGGAAGAGAAAAAUUCCCAAAUGAAUGGCUCCAAUAUGUCCCUGAAUAAACAGAGUAUGAAUGAGUUUUGGUCCGACAACUUGGCCCAGUCGCAAAAGCGUCAGACACCCAAACGCACCCUUUGGAAUUAUGAGAAAAUCUGUAACUCAUCGGUGGGGGCGGCAGGAGCUCCUCUCAAGGUGGAUGCGCAAACUGCCAAGAAAUUGGCCAUAUUUGAUCCCACCGUGGCCGAGGCGGCCCAAAAGGAAUUGCAAAAGCAAUCGAAAUCUAGUCCAAAUAAAUUACAGAAAAAUGCCUCCCUCUCCCAUUUGGAUAUGAAGGUGCGACAGGCUGUAACCAAAGAAGAUCUCUAUAAGCUGAUAUGUAAUGAGCCCUCCUCCUCGUCACCCAAGGCAACCAAUGAUUUCUUAAGUAAGGUACCGGUGAAGGUUAAUCCUCCAAUGAUGGCGGGGAGUAGUGGUAAUCUCAAUAAAAGUGUUUCCAUGACCCAUGUACCGCAGGGUAAUGUGGGAAUUUUCCAGCAACCCAACACAAACACCACUGGCAUGGUAUCUGCAUCUCAACAUCCCACAUUGGGUUUCAAUAAUUUGAGGCGCUCCUCUUCCAAAACGCACAUACCUUGCUAUAUGAAACACCUACCGGCUCUUAGUCGUAGUACUUCGAACAGUGCCAUACUCCUACCUCCCGAACCGAAAAAUUUCACGGAAACCCCACUGGCCGGUAGCAAAAGAGAGAUGAGUAGGCCAGCAGCCGCUUUACCGAUGACCAGUUCAAUGACAAUGUCACCGGCUGCCGGCCUCUAUGCGUCACCUACCUCGUCAUCGACAGCAUCAUCGUCACCGAAAAAUAAUGGUGAUGCCGCAAAUCCCCUGCGAGGUCUGCUCAAGAGUCUCUCAAGUUCCAAUGUCUAUGGAACACCUAAAUAUAGUCCAUUUGGUGGUGUUAGUAAGCAGUUGCAGCCAAAUUUGGUGCCACAGACCAGUGAUUCAUCGCCGCUGAAACCAUUGAUAAUGUCGACCUCAUUGAUGGCGGCCGCCAAUACGACAAUGGGCAGUAGUUCUAAUAUUGCCGAGAAGCUGGGAGGUACUUCCGCUUUAAAUGAUGAAAUCAUGAUGUUGAGGCAACAACAAAAACAACAGCAGCAGCAACAGCAACAACAGAAAUUACAAUCUAAACCCGGUUUUAUGGAAUACAAACCCAAGGAUCCUUCUCUGAAAAAUGCCGGUCAAAUUGGCUCCAAAGUCUCCAGUAAUUCUGGCAACACAGGAUCUCCCUCUUUGGAGAGAAAAUCUGAAAAGAGCAACAGUACCAUUAGUACGGGCAGUAUAACUGUAACCAAUUGUUGUGCCACUCAUUUGCCCCAGCUUACCAAGUUGACAUCUAGCUUUCAUAUACCACCGACCAGCCAAGAGAAGAUAGCGAAUUCAUCGAACUCCAACCCCAACUCAGCUGCGUCCACAGUCUCGUCAUCCACAAAUUCUAAUGGCCAACAAAUUGGGUCAACGCCAGGGUCGUCAUUAGUAACCACAGCAACGACGCCAUCCAAUGGCGGCUACAAGAUCUCAAAAGCUCAAAGUGCUGCCAAUUUAGAACAGGCAAAACGUGCGAAAGAAAGCGAUAAUAAAAUUAAUGAUAAACCAAAAACGAAACUCACACAAAAAUCUAUGGCCCCGGCGGCAAAUGAGACUACGACGACGACGACAACUGCAACAAAUAUAACAACAACAUCAGCUGCAUUGGCAGCAGCGGCGGCAACGAACCCACCUAAUUGCAAUGAGAAAUCUAAACAGGAGCCAAUAAAUAAUGAAAUGAUGAACCUCAACAAUAAAACAAUCCCAACAACAGCAAUAUCGACAACCUCAUCAAUAAACAACAGCAAGGUCAAUGAAAAUUUAGUCACGCCAACGACGACCUCCUCAACGGCAACCUCGUCAGCAGCAACGUCAUCAUCGGCCACAGCCAAUCAAUCACAAAUCCCCGUGGCAAUAAGCACAAAGAAAAGCUAUCCCAUUGGCAAAUCAAGUUCAACCUCACAAAUACCAAUGGCCAGCUAUCAGAGGCAACAUUUGCUGCAGCCUAUACAACAGCAACAUGUUGCUGCUGCAAAUGAAACAAACAACAAUAAUUUGGGGCAGACAUCAAAUUAUCCUCAACAAAAGAAAACUUUUUUGAAUUGGUCUACAUUUGCCUGCAACACCAAUGAUCCGCACUAUCAGCAACAAAAUAAAUUGCAACAAUGUAGCUCUGCAACAAAUGUUGCCAAGAAAAUGCAACAUUUCCAACAGCAGCAGCAACAACAACAACCUAAUUUAACAACAUUUAAACCCAUUUCCACCACGGGACAUCAUUUUAUGCAAAAAAGUAAUAAGGAAAAUAAAUUUGUCAAUCAACAACAGCCGCAACAACAACAAACACAAUUCAAUAGUCAGCAACAAUGUUUGCCAACAGCACAACAGCAGCAACAUAACUCAGCCUUUGUGGUCUAUCCUUCGAGAAGCAAAAAUCCCCUCUCUCACUCGGCCUCAUUUUCGGCCGUUCAGAAACCCAUUAAUGUUCAAUUGAAUAUUGGCCACAUACCAAUGGGACAACAGCAUCAGCAGCAGCAACAUCUCUCUUCCUUUGGCAACAUGUUGCCUCAACAUGUGGCCCAGCAACCGGAAAGGAAAAUUUUACAAACAUUUGAUAGUUAUUACGGCAAAGCAACGGCGGAGCAACAAAAAUACUAUCAGCAAAAGGCAAAUGCUGGUGGUGGGCCAGGUGGCAUUACUCGUUUUGUACAGCAGCAACAACAGCAACCACAUCAUCAACAUGUUGGUCACCAACACCAUCCAUUAAUGCAAUCGGCCUCCGCCUCGGCCUUAAGUUUCUAUCAACAACCCACACAAAAACAAGCACAACAGCAACAAGUGUUUCAACCAAUUGGUGCCGUUCAACAGCAACAACAACAGCAACAUCCCCAUUUACAACAGACACAAAACUUUAUGUAUCAGCAACAUGUUGUUGCUCCUCUUCCUCAGCAGCAGCAACAACAACAUUAUCCCCUACAACAGAGUACUUCAAUGAUUUUGAAUCAUUCGAAAACGAACAAUCUAAUGUCAAAAUCCGCCAUAGGUUUACACUAUACUGCCGAGACAGCAAAGCCCGUCAUACAAGAUGACAGUGAUGGCCACUUGAUUUAUCGUUCUGGCGAUAUACUUCAUCACAGAUAUAAAAUUAUGGCAACACUGGGUGAAGGCACAUUCGGUCGUGUUGUCAAAGUCAAGGAUAUGGAAAGGGACUAUUGCAUGGCCUUGAAGAUCAUUAAAAAUGUAGAAAAAUACCGUGAAGCGGCUAAAUUGGAAAUCAAUGCCUUAGAGAAAAUUGCACAAAAGGAUCCAAAUUGUGAACAUUUGUGCGUUAAAAUGAUUGAUUGGUUCGAUUAUCACGGACACAUGUGCAUUGCCUUUGAAAUGUUAGGUUUGAGUGUUUUCGAUUUCUUGCGUGAGAACAACUAUGAACCAUAUCCAUUGGAGCAAGUUCGACAUAUGGCCUAUCAAUUGUGCUAUUCUGUGAAAUUUUUACAUGACACUCGUUUAACGCACACAGAUUUAAAACCUGAAAAUAUACUAUUCGUUGAUUCGGAAUAUACAACACAUUAUAAUCAUAAGAUCAAUCGUGAAGUGAGACGUGUUAAAAAUACCGAUGUUCGUCUCAUCGAUUUUGGUUCAGCCACAUUCGAUCAUGAACAUCAUAGUACUAUUGUCUCAACGCGCCAUUAUCGUGCGCCCGAAGUUAUACUCGAAUUAGGUUGGUCACAACCCUGUGAUGUGUGGUCCAUUGGCUGCAUUCUCUUUGAAUUAUAUCUGGGCAUAACACUAUUCCAGACCCAUGACAAUCGUGAACACUUAGCCAUGAUGGAACGUAUCCUAGGACAAAUACCAUAUCGUAUGGCACGCAAUCAUGUUCUUUACAGCAAAACCAAAACAAAGUACUUCUAUCAUGGUAAGUUGGAUUGGGAUGAGAAGUCGUCGGCUGGACGUUAUGUGCGCGACCAUUGUAAGCCAUUGUUCAGAUAUCAAAUGUCCGACGCUGAGGAUCAUUGUGAAUUAUUCGAUUUAAUUAAGAAAAUGUUGGAAUAUGAGCCAUCACAACGUAUUACGUUAGGAGAAGCUUUACGUCAUCCAUUCUUUGAUAAACUCCCACCACAUCAACGUUUGGGUGAAGCCGCCGUUAAAAACAUGCAACCCGCCUCAUCAGGUAGCAGCAGCCGCGAACGUUCUCACAGCUUAUCAAGAUGAGAAUUGGCACGAUUUGGUUAUUAUUAAUUAAUAGCGUCCAAUUUUAUUUUGGAAAAAAAUAUAACACAAACAAAGCAUCAAUUCAUAACAUUUUACUUAAAAGAAAAUAAUCAAUCAAUUUCAUCAUUUAACAAAAGGAAAGAAUAACAUGCUUUAAUAUUCAUCCCAAAGGCAAAAAUUGUUAAAAUGGGAAAAUUUUACAAAAUUUUAAUAAAAACAACCUCACACUGAAGACUAUUACACACAGCCAAGCAAUCCCAAGCAGGAUUGAGAAACAGAAGAAAGAGAUGAAACGCGCAGGAUCAACGACCAGCUAUAUGUAUGCUUUUGAAUGAAGACCAUUAAUGACCAUGGGGGAGCUCUUUCUUUUUUCAUAGUACUUUAAACAAAUUAAUAUCAUUUAAUUUAAAUUGUUACAAAUUUUUAUUUUGUAAUUAAUUUUUUAGACUAAUUCUAUUUUUCCAAAUCCCUUUAGCUUCUACCCAUUGUACUUCCUACCAUGAUUUGCUUUUUUUUUUGUAAUUAUAAAAAUGGCUUUUUGCAUUGUAGAAAAAAAUUCAAUAUCAACUGUUUUCUUUGAUUUUUGAAUUUCAUAAUUGAAAUUUUGUAAGAAUUCAAAGUUUUGCUCAAAUUGCACAAAUUAGAAAAAAAAAUAACCUUUGCAAAAUAUAUAAAACUUGUAUAAAUGCUUUUGUGCUCAAACUUGAUUUUUCUAAUGUCAUUUUUUUUCUUUCUUAAUAUGCUUAUUUCCUUUUUUUUCGCUUUUAUUUUUAAAUUUCUUAUAUAUUUUAAUUCACCAUUAUUUUAAUGCUAUGUAAUUUUUGGCCAUUUUAUGUAGUUCAUGAAUUAGUUUAAUUUCUACCUUUAGAGUUAUAUCUUAUUUUAAAUAGUGUACUUUUUAAUUCAACAUUAUCUAUCUACUAUUAUACAAAUAAUAUCCCUUCUUAAUUGUAAGUUGUAAGAAUGAAAGAACCUACAACUGAAUUCAUUUUCUUUUUUAUUUUCUGUUCAUUGAAAAUCGCGCAUAAAGAUUGGACCUUUUUUCAAAAUUUUGUAAUAAAUUUUUUAUUUGCGAAGAAAACAUAUAAAUAAAGUAUUUGAAUCAAAAUUGUGCCUUUCCUCUUUUUUCCUUUUUGUCGGACGUUGAAAAAUUAAGCUAAACGAAUUUGAAGUAUGUAGACCACAAAUAUUGACAAAAAUAUCCCGGAUAUCCUAGUCAAAAAACAUCUCCCAAUUCAAGAUACGACAUUCAUCCCUUCUUUAGAAAUAAAACACAAUAAAUCAGGGAUAUUUUUAUGAUGAGAAUAUACAAUCGGAAUGUAUUUAUACGUUUCAUUUAAUUUUCAAUUCGUUUAUAACCCAUUAAGUCGUAAUUUCAGUACAUAAUUCAGCAUAUUUGGUUUUAUAAUAAUAAUAUAAUGUUCGAGUCCUUAAAAAAAUUGAAUAUAUAAAAAAUAUAAUAUGUAACAAUUAAAAAAAUUGAAAUUAAAUUCAUUUUUGCUUUUUCAAAAUUUCUCAUCUUUACCUUUGAAGUGGAAUUAAUUUGAAAAGUAGUCCCUUAAAACAAUGUUACAUGAAUUGGAAUGUAAAAUAGAUGAAAUAGAUUUUAAUAUCAUCUCAAUUUUUUCAUUUGGUUCCAUUACGAUAUAUGGUAUUGUCUGACAUUAGUUUAUUUCUGAAGUCUUUGCAAUCCCUCGAAUCACUCACAAGAAGUCUAAUAGCUCAAUCUUUUUACGAAUUUACCCUAUGAUGGUAAUUAGUAAUAAAGUGAAUGACUUAACAUUCAAUCAAAUAUGUCACUCAUUAGAAUUUCAUCAAAUUGCAAUAAUAACUCUACAAAUUAUUUUAAAAAAUCUUAAAUUCAAAACCUUAUCGUACUGUAGACAUGUUAAUAUGAAAUCGAAGAGAAAUAUAAUAAUAAUUUCAAUAAAAUUCUAUGUAAAUUGAAUUAAUGAAACAAGUCGGUGGACAUUUUUAAUUGUAAAUAACAACAAUUCGUGCAAAAUCUGCCUGCUUUUUGAUUUUAAUUGAAUGAUAUAAUUUUUCAUUUUAUACAACCUUUUUUUAAUUUCUGAAUAUUUGCCUAUUCCCAAUUAACAUUCUUUCUCUAUAUUUCAUACAAUAUUAAUAGCUUAUUCAAGCUGUAUAUAGAGAAGAAGGGCUCUCUUUCAAAAUGUAAAAUUAUGUCGCUAACUAUAUGUUGUUUUCACAAGUUUACAUAUCCAAAUUGUAAUACCCAAUUCUAAAUGCUUAAUAACUUAAUUUGUUAUGAAAAAUACAGGAAGAGUAUGUUUAAUUUAAAAGUUUUUAAAAAUAACAAUAUUGGUUAUUUUAUUUUUAUUUUUUUAUAUUAUAAUAUUGAAAACUCAAUCAUAAUUAACUUUUUUGGUUUCUUCCUGUUUAUUUGCCGUAAGUAAAAAAAUUAAAGUCUGGAAAUCAAUUUCUUUCAAACCAUCUGAAAUAAUAAAAAUACUUGUGAAAUAAAAAGUCCAUAAAUGAAUCUGAAUUCAAAAAUUAGUUGACCUUGACCGUUUCAAAAUGGCGAAAAAAAUUAAUUCUACUGAAAAUCAAGUUAGCGAAGAUUUAAUGCUUCUACUUAACAGAAAUUUGGUUAAAAUUCAUCACAAAUUAAUGCAAGUCUACUUGAUUUUUUUUAAUUUUUUAAUUUUAAAAAAUUUGUAAAAAGAAGAGCUCCCAUAUUCGAACUGAACACAAUGUAGCACCCUUGAAGAUAAAAAGUUUCUUGGACCCAAUUACAUUCAAAAUGUUUGUUAAAUGUAUAUAAAAUGGAAACUAAGAAGGAGUAGUCUCAUAAAACUUUUCAUUAUGUUGAGUGUUUUUAAUCAAAAAAAGGAUCAUUUUUAAAUGACAUGAAUAAUCAAAAGUAUAUAUUUUAAUUGAUUUCAAAGUAAUGAAAAAUAGAAUAUGGUAUGAAUAGUUUGAAGGUUUUCUUUAACCAAUUAACUGCAUGUAAAACAUUUUAAGCCAACAACUAUUUGGAGAUCUCAUGAUUAAUGCAGUUUAAAUAUCAGCCAAAAAAUAAAAUCAGAAACGAAACAAUGUCUUCGUCGUUUUAAAAUUGUCACUUGAUUUCUAUGACUAUUCCUUUUACUUAAUGAAAUAUUAAGAAGUAAAGGAAGUCCGACCCUACUUUUCCGAAAUAUAUAUUCUCGUUUUAUAUAUUUAUAUGUUUAUAUAUAUUGUAAUAAAUUUGAAAAUCUUUUGCCAUUAAAAAUAAUAUUCUGUACUGAAAAAUCCGUGAAAAUAUUCAUGAUGUUAUUGUGCUGUGUGUAUAAAUUGAUGUGUGUAUUUUCCCCUUUUUCAGAAAAAAAUGAAUCAAGCUUUGUAAAAUUUUAUGAUUCAUUAUUUAAAAAAAUGUUAAGAUACGAUUUAAUUAUUAAAUAACCAAAUCGUCAACAAAGGAUUCUUAUGAAUAUACCCCCCUUAAACAUGUAGUUAAACAAAACUAAACAAACAUAAAUUUUUCUUAGAUAUAUUCGAUCGAAAAUUAAUACUUAUAAAUUUUUGAAAAAAAAAAAAAUAAUAAUAAUUUCUGUUUUCGGUUAGAGUUGUCUCUAAACGUAAAUCUUAUGUGACACAUAAACAUACAUAUAUUAUUUUGUUAGUUAAGUGUAUAUGUAUAUAGAUACAAAAACAAUAAUUAUAUCCAAAUGUUGUUUCAUUAUAAAAUUACAGGAUAUAGAGCAAUUCUGUAGCAUCCCCCCUCUACUACUACUACUUGUACUCCACACACCUCAUCAUAUUUUAUACUACUCCUACCUACUACUACUACUACAUUUAACUAAAGAAGCCAAGAAAGAAGAUGUUAAGAUGUUUAAAGCAAAGGUUUUACUGCAAUUACCAUGGCAUAAGGACAAAAGAAUAUUGAGACCAAACAAAAACAAAACAACAACAAGCAAUAUUUUGUUGUUGAGUUAUUUUUCUUUCGCAAAGAAAAAAGGCUAGAAUUUGUAAGAAGCAAAUGAAAAAAGAGUUACCAGAAUUCUAGUUCUUUUUUCCUACUCAUACACAAAGAAAAUAAAAACCAACUCAGACACAACACACUUACAUAUAGUACAUCUACAACAAAACAUGAAACAUCUUUAUUUUAUUUAUAUAAAAAUACAUAUAUUUAU